GGAGGGAGGGCCACCUCCUUCCCUGGGCGGGGGAGGCGCGGGCGCCAAUGAAAAGUAGCCGCUUGCUGGGGGGGAAAAACUUUUCCUGUUGACUGUUGGAAGCGAAUUGAGCAAUUAUCUAGUUUACCUUCUCCUCUUGGAAGUUAACGAUUGGCGAGAUCUUGGCUGCGUUAUUGACACAACACUUUCUAUUGAUAGAAAUAAGUAGCGAUUGUCCCGAGUCAUUGGUGCGCCAAAGUAAACUGUGAUGGGCUGGCAUGAGUCCACUGGACUGAGAAAGCUGGUUCCGCCGGCGGAGGCUGUGGUGAUGGUGGCGGCGGCAAUGCUGGUCUCCCUCCUCGCAGAUCAGUAACAAGAAAAGGGGCAGAGAAAGUGAAAGAGAGAGAGAGGGGAGAGAGGAGAAAAAAAGAAAAAAAAAAGAAAAAAAAAAGAAAAAAAAAAGAGGCGUCUACCAGAGCGGCUCAAACCGGGAGAACAAAUGCAGUUCAUCCAUGGACAAUAGUGGCAACGACACGGCGACCAAAAUCCUAGCGACUCCUCCGUCCAGAGAAAGCCUGUCUGCCAGGAGCAACAUGAUCAGCACGCCCAAGCCACUCGCCUUCUCCAUUGAGCGCAUCAUGGCGCGGACUCCAGAGCCCCGCUCCAUCCCCGUCCCGCAGCUCCUCCAUGGCUCCGUGGCCAAAGGCGACCCCAAGCAUCCGCUGCACCUCAACUCCUCCAUCCCCUGCAUGAUCCCCUUUGUCCCCGUGGCGUACGAUAGCCUGCCCAAAGCAGCGGUGGCUGGAACGGAACCCAGGAAGGCUCACUUAGAUUCCUCUUCCUCGCCCUCCUUUAGCUGCGGCGAUCUCUUGAACUGUGCCCUGAGCUUGAAAGGAGAUUUCCCCCGCGAUGCCCUGCCCUUGCAGCAGUACAAACUGGUAAGACCCCGAGUGGUCAAUCACUCCUCCUUCCACGCCAUGGGAGCCCUGUGCUAUUUCAACCGAGGCGACAGCCCCUGUCACCCGUCCUCCAGUGUCAACAUCCACCCGGUGGCUUCUUAUUUCCUCAGCUCUCCCUUGCACCCGCAGCCCAAGGCUUACCUGGCGGAGCGGAACAAGCUGGUGCUACCGACCGUGGACAAGUACCCGGCGGGGGUGGCCUUCAAGGACUUAUCGCAGGCUCAGCUGCAGCACUACAUGAAAGAAAGUGCUCAGAUCCUCUCGGAAAAAAUCGCCUAUAAAACGUCGGAGUUCAGCCGCGGCUCCCCGAGCAGCAAGCCCAAAGUUUUCACGUGUGAAGUUUGUGGAAAGGUAUUUAAUGCACAUUAUAACUUAACGCGCCAUAUGCCGGUGCACACGGGAGCCAGACCCUUUGUUUGCAAAGUUUGCGGGAAGGGCUUCAGACAGGCGAGCACGCUCUGCCGGCACAAGAUCAUCCACACCCAGGAAAAGCCACACAAGUGCAACCAGUGCGGCAAAGCUUUUAACCGGAGCUCGACCCUGAACACGCACACGCGAAUACACGCCGGCUAUAAACCAUUUGUCUGUGAAUUUUGUGGCAAAGGAUUUCACCAGAAAGGCAAUUACAAAAACCACAAGCUGACUCACAGCGGGGAGAAGCAGUUCAAGUGCAAUAUCUGCAACAAGGCUUUUCACCAGGUGUACAAUCUGACCUUCCACAUGCACACCCACAACGACAAGAAGCCCUUCACCUGCCCCACCUGCGGCAAAGGCUUCUGCAGGAACUUUGACCUCAAGAAGCACGUCCGUAAGCUGCAUGACAGCGCCCUGGGACUGCCCCGGCCCCCCGCUGAGCUGGGGGGGCCGGACCCGCCGCCCCCGCCCGGGGCGCUGCUGCAGGGCCCGCCGCCGCUGCAGCCGUGA